ACGCCUCACUCCCCUCCUCCUCCACCUCUGCUUUCAGUUCCACUUGGCGGUUCCCUUCCUUCCUCUGAGUCGGCUGCUGUGCCUGUGGGAGCACCGGUAGGGUGGAUGGAGGAGGAGGAGGCCGCCGGCGUGAGGAAGCGGAAGCGCGGCGGGGAGGCCGUGGCCCUGGUGUCCGGCGGGGAGGCGGGGCUCGUCGAGGGAGGUGGUGGCUUCUCCUGGAAGGAGGCGGAGAUGGAGGAGGGGGAGGGGGAGGAGUACGAGGGCAUCGCGGAGGAGUCGGUGGAGGAGGUGAUGCGGUGGCUGGAGCUGGAGAUCUCCUCCUCGCCGGGGAAGCCCGGCGGCGGCGACGACGGGUUCGUGACCAUCAACGGCAACGAGGAGAGCUGCGGCCCGUCCUUCUCCGCCGCGGCGUCCACCGUCAUGGCCUCCGUGGACACGCGCGCGGGCGCCCCGCCGCCCCCGACGGCCAUCCCCUGGCCGUGGCCCGAGCCCAACAACGACACCACCAAGCCGGCGGCGGCGGACGGCAACGACGACGACGCGGACAUGGCGGAGCUCGUCGACGAGGAGUGGCUGGUGGAGCUGCUGACCGGCGGCGGGCCCGCGCUGGAGGUAGAGUAGGGUAGGGCGCAGAGCGCUCGGGUAGGCAAGGCAAGGCAAGGCGCAAGCGUACGCGCGUUUCCUUUUUCGGACGGUUGUACAGCGGGCAAGGGAAAAGCCAGGAAAAAAGAGAGCGGUGGCUCGUUUUGGCGCGGCCCGGGUCGGUCGCAUCGCUUUCUUCCGCGGCAUGGGCGGGCAGCGGCAGCGAUCGGUCCGUCCAUCAAUGCGGUCGGCCUUGUGCGGUGGUGCGUUGAGGGGUGAGGUUGCGAGGAAAUGGAAAUGGUGCUCGCUGGCUGGCCCUUGUCGCGUUGCCUGCUUUUGCGUC